AUGGCGGAUGCAUUGCUUGGCCCCACGGUACAAGUUCUAGUGGAGAAGGCAAUAAACUUGGCUUCAGAACAAAUUGCCCUGUUUGUUGGCUUCAAGAAAGAUUUGGAGAAGCUGAAGACAACGUUGACUCGAAUCCAGGCUGCCCUUCAUGAUGCAGAGAAAAAACAGGUGACUGAAGAGUCCGUGAAACUUUGGUUGAAGGAGCUUGAAGCUGUGGCUUUCGAUGUUGGUAAUCUGCUGGAUGACAUCAACUAUGAAAUGCUCCGACGCAAAGUUGAGCUCCAAAACCAAAUGAAGAGGAAGGUAUGCUUCUUCUUCUCACUCUCCAAUCCAAUUGCAUUUCGUUGCAAAAUGGCCAACAAAAUUCAGAAAAUCAGUAUGGAUUUGAAAAGAAUCAAUGAAGAAGCAAGGAACUUUAGCCUCCAGUCACAGACUGCACCUGCUCUUUCUCCUCCCAGUGGAGCAGGAUUUAUAAAGAACAGAGAGACUGACUCUGUUACUGUUGAUGCGAGUUUUGUUGGAAGAGAUAAUGAUGUCUCAGCAAUAGUAACACAAUUGACUGCCACGAAUAAUAAUGAAACUAUCUCCAUUCUCCCGAUAGUAGGGAUGGGCGGUAUCGGGAAGACCACAUUGGCUCGAAAAGUUUUCAAUGACCCAAAUAUUGAAAAACAUUUUGAGAAGAGAAUGUGGGUAUGUGUUUCGGAGGAUUUCAAUGUCAAUAGGCUGUUUGGAAUGAUUCUACAAUCACUGCAAGGUCGAGAGCCUGAAGCUAAGAAUAGGGAAGCCAGAGUCAAUAAGCUUAAGGAAUUAUUGGAUGGUAAAAAGUACCUGCUGGUCUUGGAUGAUGUGUGGAAUAAGGAGUCCAUGCUAUGGAAUGAUUUUCUUGGGUCUCUAAAAGGUGCUAGCCAAGCCAUGGGGAGUUGGAUUCUUGUGACCACUCGCGAGCAACAGGUGGUAGACAUCACCAGAAUUUCUUCUCCUCAGGGUUAUUCCUUGAAACAAUUAUCAGAUGAUCAAUGUUGGCGCAUUCUCAAAGAAAAUGCAUUUUGUGGUGGGGAAGUGCAGGAUGGGCUGCAAGAUGUAGGGUUGAAGAUUGCGCAAAGAUGCCGAGGCUUACCUUUGGCUGCAAGUGUUCUCGGUGGCAUGCUGCGCAACAAGGAACCAGAUGAAUGGCAAAGCUUAGAGAGUGGGCUUCAAAGUUUAGGUGGAGAUGAAAAUGUUGACGUUACUAAUACAAUUUUGAAGUUGAGCUUUGAUCAUCUUCCACAUCCUUCUCUUAAAAAGUGUUUUGCAUAUUGUUCAAUUUUUCCUAAAGAUUUUCAAAUGGAAAGGAAUGAAUUAAUCCAACUUUGGGCAGCAGAAGGAUUUCUUCAUUCAAAUCCAAGAAACGAUAUGCAUAUGGAGGAAGUUGGUAACGGGUAUUUUACAAUUUUGUUGGAUAGUAACUUAUUUCAAGAGGCAGAGAAGGAUGAUUAUGGGAAUGUUUUGAAUUGCAAAAUGCAUGAUCUUGUGCAUGACAUGGUGCAAUCCAUUUCCAAUUCCAAAACUUUAAGGUUGAUAGAAUCUGGUAGUGUUCUUAUGGAAACGGCUUCUAUUCGGUAUCUUGCACUGGAGAGAAGUGAAAAAGAAAUGCCAUUUCCUUCCACUAAAAGUUUCAAGCGUAUUACGACAUUGUUUUUGGAAGGAAACAGAUCACUUAAUGAUAGGGAGAUGUCAUUUUUUAUGUUGCGAGUUUUGAACUUGAGGGCAUCGAGUGUCGAACAGCUUCCUAAAUCAAUUGGCAAGCUAACUCAUUUGCGAUAUCUUGAUUCGUCAGAAACUUCAAUCAAAACAUUGCCAGAGUCUCUAUGUCAACUUUACAAUUUGCAGACAUUAAGAGUUGAAUAUUGUCACUCACUGACAAAGUUUCCAAAGAAUUUCAAGAAUUUGGUGAAUUUGAGGCACUUUGACUUUUUCUCCUCUCGUAAAUCAAGUGAUAUCAUGCCUUUUGAGAUCGGACAGUUGCAAUUUCUCCAAACUUUGCCAUUUUUCAAUAUUGGUGAAGAAAAAGGUCGACAAAUUGGAGAAUUAAGGAAUUUGAAGAAUCUCAGUGGACAAUUUGAACUACGUAAUCUUGAAUUAGUGAAAAGCAAAGAAGAAGCCGAGUCUGCAAAUCUGAUUGGGAAGCCAAACAUUGAUGAGUUAAGAUUACUGUGGAAUGAAAUAGAUAAUUCAAGAAAUAAUGAUAGUGAAUACAAUCAAGUGUUGGAAGGCUUGCAUCCUCACCCAAAUUUGAAAGGUUUGAUUAUUGAAAGAUUUUUUGGUGAUAAACUUUCAACAUGGAUUGGAAAACUUGGGAAAUUGGUGAAAUUUUAUUUGCAAAAUUGCAAAAACUGUAAAGAGUUACCAACUCUUGGAAACAUGCCUCUCCUCAGAUCUCUUCACUUGGAAGGACUUGAUAGCCUAACAAGCAUAGGCCCUUCUUUUUAUGGCGGAUCAGGCAUGCAUGGUGGCAGUAGCAGUCAAAGGGCCCUAAAAUUGUUUCCGGCGCUUGAAUAUCUCAUUCUAGGAAAAAUGCAAAAUUUGAGGGAAUGGACAGAAGCAACUGUUGAUGAUGGGACAGUGGUGGUGUUUCCAGUCCUUCAUGCGGUAUGGAUUACUGAUUGCCCUCAAUUAGCCAAUUUUUCAAAUCAUUUUCCACGCCUCGAGACAUUGAACAUCAAGAAUACCCAAAAUGGAUCAGCACUAAUGACAUAUAUUUGUAGUGGAGUCAGCACUCUCACUAAUCUUUCCAUUGAGAGUGUGAAUGGGCUCACCAAGCUACCAAAUAUGUUAUUCCAAAAUAAUCCCAAACUUGCACAUCUCGAAUUAAGCAGUUGUGGUGAUUUGGCCCAAUUCUCGGAUUUUUCAUUUGAUGUUCCUCAAACUUCAGAAGGACCAAAUUGCCAAUCAGUAGCUGAGCACACUUGUAUUAACAAUAAUGCUCCUCAACAUUUGGUUGGUCUUGAGUCCCUAGAGUUAUUAUAUGUUGCUGGGUGCCACUCGCUCGAGUCAAUUUCAAUCCCCAGGGGACGUAAAUACCUCACUGGCUUGCGAAGAUUAGAGAUUCAGUCCUGCAAUGGGUUGACCCACUUGUCCAUCCCCCAAAUAUCUGAGUCAGAGUGGGAUUCCACUUCUUCACCCUUCUCCUCCUCCGGUACUUGUCCUCCUCCUCUUCCUCUUGAGCUAUUGCAAAAACCACCACAGAGCUGCAUUCCUUCCUAG